AUUUUAUUAUUUUUAAAUAUAACAAGCUUUAUAAUUUUUAUAUUAAAAAGGUGUUUCUUUUAUAAUAAAUAUAAGUUAUUCAACAAUAUUUAUUUAUACUACGAACAUAUUUUGUGAAAUGGAAAGAUAAAAAAUAUCUUAGAACAUUCAUUAUUUGGACGAUAUCAUGACUUAUCGCAGAAAGCUUAACAAAAAUCAAAAUAAUGUAAACCACUAUUCUUUCAACGGACUAUUUGUACUGCUAUAUACAAUGAUGUUGGUGUUUGAAUCAUAUUGUAAUACAUUGGAAAUGGUGUCAAAUAAUACCAGUUGUUCAAAUGCACGAACGUGCACUAAAUGUACAAUCAAUACUCAGUGUCAAUGGUCUCUAGAACAACAGAAAUGUGUAAAAAAGACAAAUUUUUCAAAUUUAACAGUUUCUACUAUUAGGGAGUGUCCACAGUUUUCUGUUGAUAAACAAUUUGAUUAUAAUAGUUAUUCUUUAAUUUUUGGUUAUAUUGAUCUAAAAUAUAUUGUUAAGGUAUCAAACGAUUUAGUAGGUUUCAUGAAUUACCUUCGAACCAGGAACAUUUAUUUACAAAGAACAUUAUACAGAGAAAAAUAUUUGAUCAAGGGAAUCACAAAUGAUAGUUUAAUAUUUUCAUUACGCACAACGGCAAUAUUCAACAAAACAUUCAAUAUUCCGUUGAUCACUGACUUUAUUUUUAUUGAGUUCAACGGAGUUAUGAUGCGGUUCGACAACGUCUCCGAUCAUUAUGUUACGUUUUAUAGACAUGAUAAAAAAUGUGCCGAUGACGAGAAGGAUAAAUUCUGUGUGAUUUGUGCAUGGAACUACAACGGGUAUUCGAACUACUUGAAAUGGUGUUCGAAGCACAACGUUUGUGUGGGUCGAGAGCAGUUGUACAUGAAGAACAUCACCGAAGAUAUCAUUUAUGUAAAAUCAUUAAUUGUAAAACAGCAGAAUGAAGAAGCUUACGUUAGGAACGACUGUCCUGAAGUAAAGGUGACAGCGGUCGAUCCGCUUUCUGGGCCACGUAAUGGUGGAACAACGGUAACGAUCAGAGUAAGAAACCACAGGAUACUUUCGGAGGACACGAAGAUACUGGUGAUGGUGGCAGGUAUGGUGUGCAUGAACCCCAGAACAUUAGGAUCCGAAACGAUCACUUGCACCACGUCACCAUGGAUAAACGUUACAGGAGGUCCACCGAUCUCCGGUCCGAUCCUAGUCAAAUACUUGUCGUACGAAGGUGGAUUAACGAUCGAAUCAUCACAGACAUUUCAGUAUGACGUCCAUCCGACUUGUGGCUCACCAAAACCCGUACUGGACGCGGAGCUACGACUUAGAGCCUUAGAAUCAAGUGACAUCACUGUUCCGGUGCAUGGAGUUCAUUUCAUCACACCAUGUGUUGCAUCUCCCGCCCGACUCUUCGUCGUGCUGCCAAACGAUACAAUACAGUUCGCGUCCAGUGAUUGUGAUAAACCAGUCAACGACACGUACAUGGUCUGUCGAUCGCCCAGAAUUGACAGCAGUGUAUGGCGUGACGCAUACUCAUCUGAUGAAGGACUCUUAUUGAAUUUCGGACUGAAUGUGAUGAAUUUCAUCGGAAAUCAGUCGCUGUUGGUGGAAGGGCCGUCACACGGUUUUAACCUACUCUUCGUCCCAGCUGUAACUGAAUCGCCCAACAUCUUGGUCACGAAUGGCGAUCGGUUGUUAUACACCGUGUCCAAUAGAUUUCAACCCUCUGUUUUUACUGAUAGGUGCCGUGUUAUAAUCUGGUGGUUUACGUGUCUGUUGCUUGUUUUCGCAUUGGUUUUUUAUCUAAAGACCGAAAAUAAGUACGGCACGACGAAAAAUGUUGGUGACCCACUGGUGUCUUCCACGAGAUCACAAACUGGCGGAUACUACGAUGUAGUUUUAAAUAGUUAAUUUACUUGCAGUGUAUUCAUUUUGGUUGUUAUUAUUAACUGAACAUGAUAUAUUCCAAAAUAAUAAGUGUUUUUUUUUGCGUAUUCGGGAUUUAACAUGAAACAAUUAAAGAACUAUUCGGGGUUGGUAUUACGUCCAACAAAUAUAGUUUGUUAAUUUUGUUACAUAUUUGUAUCAAUUGGCAUUUAAAAAAAUACAUAUGUUAAAGGUUUCAUAAAUAAUAUAAUGAAAUAAUUUUAUUAUAUACUUAAUCAAACAGUGCUUAAAUAUGUAUUA